GGCCGGCCGGGGCUGAGGCCGCCUUUCCUUCCUCCCGCCAUGGAGCUGGAGGCGCCGGACGACGCGGGGAGCGCCGGCGGGUCCGAGGCCGAGGCCGGGGCAGGAGCCGUCACACCCGAGGCAGGAUGGGGGGACUCGGCUGCAGGCCUGGGACCUAAGAAGAUGGUGCUAACAGAGACGCCAUCCCUGACAGGGCAGCCAGGGGUUGGUCAAGGGAAGAAGAUAGGCCAUCGGGGAGUGGAUGCCUCUGGGGAAACGACCUACAAGAAGACCACUUCAUCCACGCUCAAAGGGGCCAUCCAGCUCGGCAUUGGCUACACUGUGGGAAACUUGAGUUCCAAGCCUGAAAGAGAUGUCCUGAUGCAGGAUUUUUACGUUGUGGAAAGCAUUUUCUUUCCCAGCGAAGGCAGUAACCUCACUCCAGCCCAUCAUUACCCUGAUUUCCGGUUCAAAACCUAUGCACCUGUGGCUUUUCGAUAUUUCCGAGAGCUUUUUGGCAUUCGCCCAGACGAUUAUUUGUAUUCCCUGUGCAAUGAACCCCUGAUUGAGCUGUCCAACCCUGGGGCCAGUGGUUCCCUCUUCUAUGUCACAAGUGACGACGAGUUCAUCAUCAAAACAGUGAUGCAUAAAGAGGCAGAGUUCCUCCAGAAACUUCUCCCAGGAUACUACAUGAACUUGAACCAGAAUCCACGGACGCUGCUGCCAAAGUUCUACGGCCUCUAUUGCGUUCAGUCCGGAGGCAAGAAUAUCCGGGUUGUGGUAAUGAACAAUAUCCUGCCCCGGGUGGUGAAGAUGCAUCUGAAAUAUGACCUGAAGGGCUCCACAUAUAAGCGCCGUGCAUCCAAAAAGGAGAAGGAGAAGUCAAGCCCUACCUACAAGGAUCUGGAUUUCAUGCAAGACAUGCCAGAAGGCAUCAUGCUAGAUACAGAUACCUUCAGUGCUCUGGUGAAAACCCUGCAGAGAGACUGCUUGGUGCUAGAAAGCUUCAAAAUCAUGGACUACAGCCUCCUGCUGGGAGUACAUAAUAUUGACCAGCAGGAACGGGAGCGGCAAACUGACGGAGCCCAGAGCGUGUCUGAUGAGAAGCGGCCGGUGGGCCAGAAGGCACUGUACUCCACUGCCAUGGAGUCUAUCCAGGGUGGGGCUGCUCGGGGAGAAUCCAUCGAAACGGAUGACACGAUGGGUGGCAUCCCAGCUGUGAAUGGCAAAGGGGAGCGCUUACUGCUGCAUGUGGGCAUCAUAGACAUUCUCCAGUCCUACAGGUUCAUCAAGAAGCUGGAACAUACGUGGAAGGCUCUGGUUCACGACGGGGACACGGUAUCGGUUCACAGACCCAGUUUCUAUGCUGAGCGGUUCUUCAAGUUCAUGACCAAUACGGUGUUCAGGAAGAGUUCCUCUCUUAAAUCCUCUCCCUCCAAGAAAGGACGAGGCGCCUUGUUAGCCAUCAAGUCACCCGGUCCAAUGGCAGCGUUUUCAGCCAGCCAGAUCCCCUUGGAGAAGGAUGAAGCCCAGUAUGACCUCCGCGGAGCUAGAAGUUACCCUACUCUGGAGGAUGAAGGCCGGCCAGACCUGCUUCCCUGCACCCCUCCGUCUUUCGAAGAAGCAACUACUGCCUCCAUAGCUACAACACUUUCAUCCACAUCUCUUUCGGUCCUCGAGCGGUCUCCUUCUGAGUCUUCGGAGCAGCCCAGGUAUAGGCGACGUACACAAUCUUCAGGUCAGGAUGGAAGGUCUCGCGAAGAGGUUCGGGUCGAAGAUGAUCUCCAGCAGAUCACAGUGGAACUCAAGCCCAAGUGUGACAUUGAGAUUGUGGUCCCCAGUGCAGUUGAUGUGGAGUCAGAAGCUGAUGCUGCUACAGGGCAAGCGGCCUCACUAGCAUGUGCCCCAAUGCUAACAGCAGCUUCUAUUGAGGUGGAGACAGCCAGCCAAGCCUCUGAGCCAGCCAGCCAAGCCUCAGAUGAGGAGGACCUCCCAGUCCCAGAUAUUUAUUUUGCAGAAGCAGGUGCAGAGGAGGAAGUCUAGGGAGGCUGAGCCAGGGCUAACGUCUAUGCAAGCCCUCCACAGACGCCGCUGGACGCAUUCCUCUUGGUUUGCUGUGUAGCUGCUCUUACAGAAGUGGGGAAAGGAGCUUGUGGCAUCAGUGUUGGCUGCAGUUCCGGAUCCCGAACACUUAGAGACAGAGCAAAAUUUCAUUUAUCUUGUCUCCUUCCUUCUCCAAGAAGUGGCCCAUAGGCCAGGCAGCAGGGACAUCCAAAUUGGGAGCACCCUUGAAUUCCGGGUAGUGACGAAUAAUUUUUUUUUGUUUCUCUUCCAAAGUGCACUGCAGUAGCUACCUUAUUUGUGUGUGAUACUGUGAACCUUCUUAUUUUCCCCCUCUCCAUCAUGUGUUUGGUUACUAUUGGACGAACAUAGCAUGCUCAUGCUUUUAAGGAGGAAAAAAAAAAUCUUUUAAGUUACUGCACGUCUUUUGGGAUGGCUUGUGUUGGUAUACUCAUUCAACAAACAGGACUUCUAUUGCCACAGGACUCGGAUGGCCGGCCUUUGCUUGGAGUGUGCUGGCCAUCUGUUCAGGCAGCCUCCACCAAUGCCAGGUGCAGCCUUGGGCAAAUCGCGGAGCCACCUCAUGCCUUGGGCUGCCCACAUGAGAGAAGACAGUCAUGGCUGGACUGGCAGCAUUGCUGAGACAUGCUAGACUUUGGGGGGUGUUGGCUGGACUUUCUCUUCAAAAGAAGCGUGCCCUUUGACCCAAGUGUGUGUAGCAAAAAGCUGUGACCCUCUCUUCAGGGAAAAUGCAGAUACCCUAGCUGACUUGACAAGACAGCAGCCAGGUGGCAAGGGGGGGAAGCCGUAUCGUCCUGGGCUCAUCUUGGAUUGUAUACAUUUUGCUGGCAGAGAAUGCUGAAGGUGCUGCAGCUUCAUCACCCCUCCUAAUUCCCAAACCACAAAACCAGAGCCUAAGAAUGGCAGUUCCCACACAACACAUUUGUCCCUUUGAGACUCUCGUUGCCUGCUGUGUCCAUGUUGCUUUCUGGGGACCUCCUAGCAUGCUGCAGUUUGGCAGAGCGAUAUCACUUAGGGCCUGCAGCUGAUUUUCCUCUCCUGGAAGAAAAUGGACUCCCUUGCCUUUGGCCACAAAGUCUGCAGUCAGUGUUGUAAAGCACAAGAUGUCCUACGGCAGAAAGAACUGAAGGUCCCUCUGUGCCUUGCAGCAUGGGAAGAAGAAUCUUUGCUGGAGGCCGUGCAAGGCCAAUUUUGAGCCUCUGGCAGCUUUUAAAAAACAGUUUAAUCCAACCAUUUCUGAGCAGCCUGUUUUCUCUGUUCCAGGGGCAAGGCUAUGCAUAUAGGUCAGGAAAAGGAGGGUUUUUGUCUUGGUCACUAGAAGACGGUAGCACUUGCUUCAAAUUUGUUUCCAGUUCCGUAGGCAGUGGCCAAUUGCAAGCCAAAGUAUAGGCUGGAAUAGAACCCCA